GAGAUGGCGCUGCCCAGCAUCCCCGGCCGAGCAUCCUCACCAAAAGAGACAUCUCCAAGGAUUAGUUUUCCUAAUCCGGCUCAGGCAGGUCACCGCCGCCGGAGCCCCACGGAGCAGGAGGCGUCCGACGGUGGAUUUCGGGUCCCCAGAGUCUAACCCGCAGCCACCCCCCGAACCCAGGAAUCAGGAGCCCGGGAAGUUGGCGUCCGUCCCCGCUUACGAGCCGAACCUAGGCCUGGGAAAAGUAGUGGGAAGGGAUGGGGCCCAGGGCCUGCGGUGACGUCGUCCUCCGGCCUCUUCCUCCCUUCCCUCGCCACCCGUCCGUGCGUCCGUCUGGUCCGCGGGGCCCGGGCUGGGGCCGGGAGUGAGCGGGCCCGGCCGCAGCCAUGAGCCGGGGGUGCCUGGAGCAGAUCCGGAGCCGGGUGGCCGACGGGCACGGGGUCGGGAAGCGGGAUUACCUGGUGGACGCGGCCAAGCAGAUCCGCUUGGCGUUGGAGCGGGACGUCGGCGAGGACUACGAGGCGGCCUUCAACCACUACAAGAACGGGGUGGACGUCCUCCUCAGCGGGGUGCAAGUGGACCCCAACAGGGAGCGGCGGGAAGCCGUGAAGCCGAAGAUCACCAAGUACCUGAAGAGAGCGGAGGAGAUUUUCAACUGCCAUCUGCAGAGGUCUUUGAGCCAUGGGGGCAGCCCAGGCACGGGGUUCAGCAGCCUGCGGUUCCGGCCUAUCCGAACGCUGAGCUCGGCGGUGGAGAACCUGAGGCGCUGGAAAGUGGUGGGGGUCAUCGAGAAGGUGCAACUGGUCCAGGAUCCGAUCACCGGGGGCAUCUUCGUGGUGAAGAGCCUCCCCAAGUCCCACGUGGAGAGCCGCACGCGGCCGACCGUCAUCCCCCGCGGGGUCCCCUACAUGGCCGAACUGCUGCACUACUACGCAAGCGAAGACUCCAUCUUCCUGCACUUGGAACACGUGCCCGGGGGGCUGCUCUGGGACCAUCUCCGCUCCCAGUACCCCUCGCGGCAGCGGGCUGCCGCCCACAGUCCCACCAGGCCGGAUCCCAGCUCCGCUCGGGACCGCCACGGCGGGAAGGGAGAGGAUCACCGGAGCCUGGGCCCCUUCUCCCAAGCACGGAGCAGGCGGCGCCUCCCUGCCACGGAGACCCCCGAACACCCGGACGCUGCCUCCGGACCCCAAGGCCAAGCCCGGUCGGGAGGACCCGAUCCUCAGCCGGGGCAUGGUGAGGGGUCUGGGCGGUUUGACCUCCGACCGGCAACCCCCUCCAGGACAGACGCCGCCCCUCUGGGUCAGCCCUCCCCGUCUGCGAAGGGGAUCUCCAAGCCCCCCGGCCCGAAGCAGGGCGAAGCGGGGGCUGAGCCGUCCUCCCAGCCGGUGGGCACGGCUGAGGCCGAGACCGCUCGGUCCCCGCAAGGCCCCGGGAGUGCCCGGCGGCCCGUCCAGAGCCGCCAUCCGGCCGAGGGGACGGGCUCCGGGUGGAGCGUGAGUGAGGACCUGGUUCGGCAGUGGGCUGCCGAGAUCCUGGUGGCCCUCGAGGGGCUCCAUCAGCAGGGAUUGCUAUGCCGGGACCUCAACCCCCGAAACCUGCUGCUGGAUGCUACCGGCCACGUCCGUCUCACCUACUUUGGCCAGUGGGCCGAGGUGGAUCCCCGGUGCUGCGGCCAGGCAGUGGAGAAACUGUACGGAGCCCCGGAGGUGGGCGGGAUCGCCGAGCUGACCGAAGCCUGUGACUGGUGGAGCUUUGGGUCCCUGCUGUACGAGCUGCUGACUGGCACCGCGCUGUUUCAGAGUCACCCGGCGGGGAUCCAGGCCCACACCAAGCUCCACCUGCCCGAGGGGCUCAGCCCAGUGGCCUCGUCCCUGCUCUCCGAGGCCAGGAGAGGAAGCUCCUCUUCCGCGUCCGGAAACCCCCAGGCUCCCGGAUCCUCCGUGCCCGCACGGGAGCCUCGGGAAGACCCCUCUCCGCCCAGCCCGGUGAAGGCCCGGGACGGAUGUUCCGGGAUGGAUCCCAGGAUGGAUUCGGGCCCCCGGCGGGGAGGAAGUCCGGGCAGGGAUCCCGCGCCCCUCUUCCCGGUCACCAGAAGUCGGCCCUUCGUCUCUCCUCAGCUGCUGCGGUUCGAUCCCCAGUGUCGACUGGGCGCCGGUGGCGGUGGAGUGGACAAGUUGAAGGCCCAUCCCUUUUUCAACGCCGUCCAGUGGAGUAAUCUGCUGGGCUAGAGAGCCGGGGAGGAGGCCCGUGCUCUGCAGCGGGAAGCUGUCCGAGGGUCAGGCCUGGAGGGGCCAUCCGGGGAAUCCUCUCCUGAUCGGGGGGCUCGGCAGCUGGGUGGUCCUUCCCACCCCGGAGCAAGGCUUGGUCGCCGCCCCGGGCCUCCCCUCCGUCCCCGCCUUAGCGUGCCGGUCGGUGUUCCCCCAGAAGCCCCCCGAACUGGACUCGGGCUCCCCCUCGGCCUCCCCCGUGCCCUCGGCCGAUCGCAAGGGAGUCCGGCUCAGAGCGGGGUUUUCUACUAAUUUGGCGAUUCUCUAAGCAGCUGUCGAGAUUCCCCAAACACAGGUUAGCUCUUCCCGCCUGCCUCGAUGUGAUCCCUGUCGCAUUCCCCCGCCGACUGCCUUCCGAAGGUUAAAAAUCCCUUAGCCCCGAAGAGCAGGGCUAAGGCGGCAGUAACGGCCACGGUACCCGAGAAGCGGCACGGCGGAGCGGCUAAAGCCCGGGCCUGGGAAUCGAAAGUCGUGGGUUCUAAUCCCGGCUCCGCCACCUGUCUGCUGUGUG